UUCUAACUUUGUGGGAAUAAAUUGCUCUGAUAUCACUGAUGAAACAGGUGAAGUUGGCAUUAUUUUGGUGUAGUUUAACCAGAUAUGCUGGAUUCAAGGCCUCAGAGGCCCUAAAAAACACUCAAUCUACAGCAGACUGAAAACAUGACUCUCCUGUGGAUUCUCGCCUGGCUCACCUUCAUCGGCACAGGUUAUGUUUAUGGUGUCCCAGCUUUCCCCACUGUGAUCCCUGGAUAUGGCAAGAUCAUAGGCGGUGGAGAGGUACUGCCCCACUCCUGGCCCUGGCAGGCGUCUCUACAUGAUUCUACUGGCUUUUACUUCUGUAGCGGCUCCCUCAUCAAUCUGUACUGGGUGCUGACAGCUGCUCACUGUAAUGUCAGAACAUCCACCCGUGUUGUCCUGGGUGCACAGUACCUCUCGUCUAAUGCUCAGAGUAUUCAGACCCUGCCAGUCGCGAAGGUUUUCACGUCCCCUACCUACAAUCCAUCCACCCUCAGCAAUGACAUCGCCCUGAUCAAGCUGGCCUCUCCUGCCCAGCUCAGCAACAAUGUGUCUCCUGUGUGUUUGCCUGAGACCAGCGACAACUUCCCACCUGGCACGUCAUGUGUCACAUCUGGUCGGACCAGAUAUAAUGCUGGAAACACUCCUGAUCAUCUGCAGCAGGCUGCUCUGCGUCUGGUGACGAUCGUGAACUGCCCUCUUAACUGGAGCUCUGAUUUGAUCUGCGCCGAAGCUUCUUCGUGCAUGGUUGACUCUGGUGGCCCUCUGGCCUGUCAGAAGUCUGGAGUCUGGACCUUGGCGGGUGUUGCAACCUGGGGUAGCAGCAUCUGCAGUUCAGCCACACCUGGAGUGUAUACUCGUGUCAGCAAGUUUCGCACAUGGAUUGACCGCAUCAUCGCUGCUAACUAAAGCUUUCAGAGCCAUAGUGACUUGAACCAGUUAUCUUCAACCUGAUGAAUAAAAAAAGAGAUCAUUUCAGUGCA